AUGGAGUUUGAAAACAAAGAAAACAGGUUGAUGGCCUCUUUUGAAAAGGUUGUAGUCAACACUUCGAAUGCCUCCCCUAUUGUUUGUAGAACCCCACUUCAGAGUGUUGACAAUGUAGCUUUAAAGAGAAGUACCAAAAAAGCCUACUACAGCCAGAUUACACCUACACUGAAAACUCCAGGUCGCAAAGCAGCUAGGGUUCGUCCAUCCUUGUUAGUGUACCAAGACAAAGUGCAAUCCGACACUGAUGAUGUGCUCCUCAACUCACUUGUGUGUAAGAAGGUGGAUGAAGUCAUUGCUAAGGCCAAACAGCAAUAUGAAAACCAGAUCGCAGAAAAGGAGAAGACCAUAGCUAAUCUCCAGAACUUGGUGAAGACUGCAGAUGAUACUGUGAACUGUGCAACACCAGCUAAUUCAAUAGAAAAGAACAGUUGUAAUGUUCAGACUGACCUUGUACAACACAGCAGUUGUGGGACUCAGGUUGACCCUGUGGAAAGCAGUAAUUGUGGUGUUCAGUCUGACCCUGUUGAAAACAACAGCUGUGGUAUUCAAGCUGACCCUGUUGAAACCAGCAGCAGUGGUACUCAGUUUGACCCUAUAGAAAGUACAUCUUGUGGUAUUCAAACCAACCCUGUAGAAAGCAACAGUUUUGAUACUCAGACUGACUCUGUAGAAAGCAACAACUGUGGAACUCAAUUUGACCCUAUAGAAAGUACAUCUUGUGGGACUCAGUUUGACCCCAUAGAAAAUGCCAGUUGUGGAACUCAGGCAGAUGGUUGUCCAUGUCUCCGCUGCGACCAGAUGGACAGUGAUAUCUUGGAGGAGCAAGUCUCUCUCUAUGUCAAUGGCAUUGUGAGCAAGUGUGCUGCUGAUGUACAAUUAGAACAGAUUACUGGAUUUAUAAACCAGACAACUAAAGCAGAUCGGGACCACCAGUUACAGAGUGCCAACUCUCUGAUACAGCAACUUAGGAUAGAACUAGCCGAGUACACAGAGCUGACUGACAGUGUCGACCUGGCAGAGAGACUUCAGGUGAUGAUAUUAGAGAAUAUAUCAGAAAACUACUGUAAGGUGAAGGCAGCGGCUAAAAGAUUGACCUAUCUUCAGGCUCAGACAGAGCAACAGGCACAUGAGAUAAAGGAAAAGAUGGAGGCAAAUGACAUUCAAAUGAAGCGUAAUUGCCAUGAAAAAAGGGAGGUUCUGGAGAAAUAUGAAUGUAUGGAGAAGAUGUUAGAGACAUCACGAGAUAGCCUAGCACAGAUGGAAGCCUUAUACAAGACCACAUCAGCAGAACUUACCAUUUCAAAAAGCCAAAUUCAAGUUAACAGUAGUGAGCUUGUGUCAGUAAAAAGAGCCUAUGAGAACAGUGAAGCUGAUUUAAAGGAAAUGCAGACUCGUUAUGCUGCUGACACAGACAAAUUGACAGAGGAAAAAGAGCAACUGAAAGGACAGCUCGAGCAGAUGCAGGAGACAUUAGGCGAACUUCGCACAGACAUGACUGGAGUACAGACGGAGCUGUCCACAAAACAGAAUGAAGUUGUUGACCAAAAGGAGACAAUUACCAGUCUCACAUCUGAGCUGGAACAAGCCAAGGAAAUUAUUGCUGUGCAGCAGGAGCAAAAUCAGGGUCUCAAGAACAAAAAUGAAGUUCUUCUUGGAAGCAUUGAGGAGAAGAAUGAUGAUAUUUCUAAACUAAGACAAAAGUUGUGCGACAUGGAAUCAAGGCUUCAGACUGCUGAAGCACAAUCCGAAUCAGAUCUCGAGCUGAUGAAACAGCGAUGUGAAAGCCUGUUGACAGAACAAGCUCUGACACGACAAGCCCAUAUUAAUCAGGUGCGGGACCUUGAGCUGGAGUUAGAGCGCCGCGACUGUACUGGACAGCUUCGCACUGCACAUGGCCUUAUACAGGAGCUCCAGACAGAACUUUCAGAGUACACAGAGCUGGCUGAAAGUCUCAAAAUAGCUGAGAUUCUACAGGCUAAGGUACAAGAGGUGGUCAAUGAGAAUUUCCUGAAAGUGAAGACAGCUGCCGACAAACUACUGACAAUGAAAAGGAACAUUGACAAGGAGAAAUGUGAGGUAGCAGACCAGAAGAAGGUGAACGAGGAAGAAAAAGUGGACUUGGAGGGGAUGAAAACAGCACUUGAAUCGUCCAAGAACAGCUUGGUACAGUUUGAGACGUUGUACAACAGUACUUCUGCUGACCUCCUCAGCACAUCUAAGCAAGUCCAGUCUCUGAAUGAGGAACUCAACACGACAAAAACAGCUUAUGAGGCCUGUCAGCUAUGCAAGGAAGAUCUUAUCAAUAAACUGAAAGAGAGUGAAGAAAAGGAGAGAGAAAGCUGCCUGGAACGUCAGGGAGUGCAAGUUUCACUUGAGGCCAAGGAGCAGGAGCUGGAGAAUGUCAAUAAACGUCUAACACAAGUUGAAACGCAUUACAAGGAGAAGGAACAACUGCUGCAGUGUGAGAAUGACCACUUAACCUCAGCUGUGGAAAACCUGCAGCGGACAUUGGACUCGCAUGAUGAUGAUGUAGAUCAAGCAGAGAAGGAGUUAUACGAGAUCCGUGAGUACAUGACGGAGAAGCUGGAGACCUUGGAUAGGCUCAAGAUAGAGGCAGAGACCAGAAACAUGGAACUCCACAAGUAUCAACAAGACAAUAUGAAACUCAGGGACAAUUGUGCUGUGAUGCAGAGUUCAAUCCAAGAGCUUAAGGAGACAAUUCAGAGCAAUGCCUAUGAACUGUCAGAGACAAAGAGUCAUGCCUCACGUAUGUUACAUGAACAAGGUGAAGAGCUGAGAGAGUGUAGUCAGUCGGCCUCUAUCCUCACCAACAAGAUGGACACCCUGUUGCAGGAACUUCAUCGCAAAGUUGGCAUCUCCACUCGGCAGGAUGCCCCUUCAAACGUUGACCAUUCUAGUGAGAUUCCAGUUGUAGAAGAUAGUGAGAAUGUUCGAAAACAACGACCUUGUAAAGCUAGGAAGUCAUUCUUGUCCGAGAUAUUCCUAGCAGCCUCCAGACAGCAAACAGCUCAAGCAUCACCAUUCAGGGAGGAAGAGGAAAGCACAGAUAAUGUAUCUGAUGAAGUCGGUGAGGACAGCCCACAGUCAGACCAAAAUAUAUCAGGAAUAUACCCCCUACAGAGCAGUACUGAGGCAAGCCCUGCCACCAUCAGCAGGAGCAAAUUAGGAUACUCAAGUUCAAGUGCAUUUGCACCGGUCAGGACUGGGCAGAGUUUGAUAGUUCCUCAGUCAGGUCCAUUAGAGAUAAGAAAUGAAAAGCCUGGAUCGCCUUCAGACAAGGUCAGUGAUAUUAGUGCUGAGCAGGAAAGUAAUGAAACUCAAGGGGAAGUCUGUCAGGGACAACUGAAGGAGAAGGAAACCAUUACACAACAAAUCAACGCCAUCCAUGAAUAUUUCACAGAGAUCAUACGUCUAGCCAACAUAGUGGAGAAAGCAUUACGACUAUCUAUUGAUGAAGUCAAUGCUGAUAAUGAGGAAUUGAGGCAGCAUAUUCAAAAGCUGCAGUUUGUGGAACAAGAAGCUGUGAGAAAGGAUAAGGAAGUUGUACAACAGAGAGAGGCAAUUGCGACUUUGGAACAACGUCUAGAAAACAUGGCUGAAAACCUUGAACGUUUUUCUGAUCAGGAAUCUCUUAUACAGACCCAAAAGUCUGAGUUAUUGGAGUUGAAAUCCCAGCUGAGGACACUGGUGGGUGAGAAGCAGGUGCUCAGUAACCAGGUGAAGGAAGCAGUAGGCAGAAUGAAGAUGCUAGAGAGUUCUGGCGAUGUGGAAGGCUCCACAGCAUCAAGUGUUGCUGAGGUCUUCAGUCUAAAAAUGAAGAUUCAGAAACUAAGGGAUCAGUUAUUGAAGAAGGAUGAAUACUAUGAAGAACUUGGCAACAAAGCCUCACGACGGUUAAAAGUAUAUGAAGAAAACUGGAGGCGAGCCGAAGCUGAAGUGUACAGAUUUGAUGAGCUAAUGGAGAUAGUUGGACAGACAUUGUCAAAACGUCCAGAUCUUGUCUCCCAGCACCAGGAGCUAAAAGAUCUCCAAAAACUGAUACAGGGACAGAAAAGUCUUCCCUCUGAGAAGGACUCAGCCUCUGUACCUCUCAAGUCCAUUAAAACUGCCAAAUGGUGA